AUGGCUCACAAGCGUAAAGGAAAGAAAGAUGCCGAUAUUACGCGUAUGACGGAUGAGGAAAUUCGAAUAAUGGAAGAGCAUGUGGAAGAAAUACUAUCAUCACAGUUGCCCAUGGGCAGAGUAAAGAAAGUUUGCCGAUUGGACCCUGAUAUCGAAAUGAUUAAUGGAGAAGCAUUGAAGUUAAUGACAAAAGCAGCGGAAUUGUUCAUUGUCGAGCUCGGAAGAGCAGCAAACACAAACGCAGCGAUGGAAAAACGGAAAACUGUUCAAUUGAAAGACAUCAACAAUUGUAUUAAAAAACAAUGGACAUUCGCAUUCUUAGAAGAUGCUUUGGACGAUUGGCCGAAACCCGAAACCAAAAAACGAAAAGCUCAAGGAGAGACGACAGUUCUUGAAGAAACUUUGAAUGGGGAUGGUGAAGAAGAGGACGCUGAAGACGUCGUCGAAGAUUCUCAGGAGAAUGUGGUCGAUGAUAGCCAAGAGCCGGAUGAGACGGUACCAGAUUCUCAAGAAGGCGCGGAACAACCUGAAAAGGUCGAUAGAUUCGCCGGACAAUUCUGA